UAUGCAAAAAUUGCUUGCUAAUAGUCUAAGUGUGUAUAAUCCAUUGCUUGCUUAUGGUGAUUAUUUUCAUGUUCGUUGUGGUGCUCAUAUUUUGAACUUAAUUGUUCAAGAUGGUUUGAAGGUCAUUGGAGAUGAAAUAAAAACAAUAAAGACCUUGGUUAAGUAUAUAAAUGGUUCUGAAGUACGAAAAGCAAAGUUGAGGGAGUGUGCAAUUGGUAUUGGUGUUAGUAUUUCUAAAAGGUUGUGGUUGGAUUGUCCUAUAAGAUGGAAUUCUACCUAUAGGAUGCUUGAAAGGGCAUUGAUUUAUUGUCCUUGUUAUGAAAACCUGAAAAGAACUGACAAAGACCUUCCUAAUAUUCCUACACAUGAUGAUUGGUCAAAGGUUAAAAAAAUUGUUGCACUUUUAAAACCUUUUGAUGAUAUAACAAAACAGUUUUCGGGGAGAAAUUAUCCAACUGCCAACUUGUACUUUAAAAGUGUGUGGAGAAUCGAAUGUUUGUUGAUACAAUAUGCUGAUAGUGAAGAUGAGUUUUUAAAAGAUAUGGCAAAGAAUAUGAAAAAUAAAUUUGAUAAAUAUUGGGAAAAUUAUAGUGUUGUUCUUUCUUUUGCUGCCAUGAUGGAUCCUCGUUAUAAAUUUCAAUUGAUCAAAUAUUGUUUUGAACACUUGGAUCCUCAAAAUGGGUCCUGGAAAGCCAACCAAGUCAAAGACAAACUCUAUGAUUUAUUUGCGGAGUAUGUAAGGAAUGAUACUCCCUAUGACCAUGAAGCUAGUAGUAAUGUCGUGGAUGAUGAUCUUCCUGGAUUUUCAUCUUUUGCUGGAGGGACUAGUGGAAAUUUGUCACAAUUAGAUAUUUAUCUUGAGGAGUCUAGGCUUGAUCAUCAUCUUGAACUAGAUGUAUUGCAAUGGUGGAAAACAAAUGAAACUCGACAUGCACAGGUUGCGCGUAUGGCAAGGGAUUUAUUAGCCAUUCCAAUUACUACUGUUGCAUCCGAGUCAGCUUUUAGCUUAGGAGGUAGAGUGCUUACUAAGUAUAGAGCUUCUCUUCAACCGGAUACUGCUGAGGCUUUAAUUACUAGUCGUAGUUGGCUAUUUGGUUAUAAAGUAAAAGAAGAUCCACUUGAAAAUGGAUUAGAGGUUGAUCUUCCACCAAUGUGUAAUGAAGAAGCUAACAAAGAUUUAGAAGAUGAAGAUGAAGAAGAUGAAGAUGAAAAAGAAGAUGAAGGCGAAGAAGAAAAUCAAAAUGAAGAUGAAGUGUUUGAACAAUUUGCUAUUUAACAUGUUCUUAUUUAUACUUUUAAUAUUUAAAUUGUUGUAUGUUUGAAUUGAUUCAUUUGGAUAUUUUUUUGUA